AUGCUUGCUCUGAACUCGAAGUUGGACAAACUGAUCCUAGCCCAAUUCCCUGCCAAGCAUGUCAAUUAUGUCUCUGGCAAAGCUCUAGUUAAAGACCAGGAAGGGGAGGAGAACCAACAUGAGGUUUGCUAUAUUCAAAAUAGACAAGGAGGUUUUAGGAAUCCUCAGCAAGGAUAUACAAUUGGCUAUGGACAACAAGGGAAUACUCCACCUAUCCAAACACCUUGCCGCAACAACACCUCAGUGUACCACCAAGCUUCACCCAAUGGCCUAACCAUACCCAACCAAGCCAAGAUUGGGAUAUGA